AUGGAUAUCACAGCCAAUUCAUGCAAAAGCUUGGUGGAUCAGUUCCUGCAGGAAAGGGAGCCAACUGCUCUGGCAGAGGGCAGAAUUGUGGCCAUAAUAGAUCCACACAACAACUUGAUGAAUUGGUUCCUGAAUGAACAGGAACCAACUGCUCCCCCAGCAGAUGGUAUGAACGUGGAUCUACUCAAGCAAUUGCUGAAUGCAUGGGAACCAUUGGCACCACCAGUCACACACAAGAAAUUAAACAGGAUGGACAGGUCUUCAACACCUGCACAAGAUGUUACUAUGCAGGAUAUGAGGGAACCAAUGCCUCCCCCACUCGUUUCAAAUGUGAACUUCCAUCCACACAGCAAUCUCUUCAAAUGGAACAAUGGGGAUUGGCACCUGUUCCAUGAUGCGAACAAGUCCUGUGCACCUUACAUGCCACAGCACCUUGUGCAGGCUGUGAAUGCCAUUCCAUUCAUUGCCAGCCAAUCACACCCAUCUCACCAGUCUGUGGUAGAGAUGGGUAUCCUCUACUUGGUGUGCCAGAUCAAGGUGGCCUCUGUACAUCUGAAGCAGACUGCUGAUAUCACAGGAUGGCCUGCACAUUGGUUUGCAAACUUAGCAAUGGACUUGAAUCAGCUUAAUAGCUUGAUUCUGGUGACAGUGUUGCAUGCCAGUUAUACUCCUCCCCUCCUGGCAUGCUACCAUGCAUACCUCAGACACCAAGAUGAUGAGCUAAUUCCCCUUAGUGCAUUUACCAUAAUCGACAAUAUCAGUGCCAUCAUCCCACAUUGGACCCCACAUGCAGCUGAUCCCAAUUCCAGCUUUGCAUUCCCUUGGUGGCUAUAUUGUUCUGAGGAAUAUGCAGUGGAUUCCCAAAGAUUGCAAGGCAAGGGAUUGUUUUCCAUGACCUGGGAUUUUUUUAAGUUGAUGAUGGCCCAGGGCUUAUGGGCAUUGCCUGAGGCACCAAUUGCAGACCAUCUCAAUGGCCAUAUCAAGGAGCAGAAAUAUGCCAAUGUUGUCAACAGUCAGGGUUGA